AUGUCCGCUCCAACGGCCCCGGUGAUACCUCCUCGACCGUCUAGGUCUCCGCGUCCCGCUGGACUUGAUGCCUCCUCCUCCGACAUCCCCAAAAUCCCUCCUCGUCCUACCAAUCGCCGCGUUGAGCGCUCCGUCUCCCCCAUGCGGGAUAGCUACGCCCCCUCUCCCUUGAAUGAGCCCCCGAAUGGCUCUAAUCUCACCCGCACCACCUCCCACGAUCCGCCUCCGCGUCCCCCAAGCGUGACGAUCCCGUCUCUGGGCGAGGAAGGAAUCGAAUAUGAAGACCUGCCCGUGGAGGUGUCGUCGUCAGAACAAGAACACUCCGUCCCCGCGGAGACGAGGAACGUGAGCAGCGACUUGAAGCUUCAUGCUCCCAAGCCAUCGCUGCCCUCAUCCAGCGCAAAGGCAAAAGUCCAGGCGGUCACCCGCACAGACUCUCAGCAGGCUGCUGCGGCGGGUUUCGGCAAAGCGCCGUCUCCUUCUCAUGACGAGUGGGAGCACCGCAGUCGUUCCUUGCACUCCAAGCCGAAUGGCUCGCGUGCCGAAUCGUCAACCGCAUCCACCAAACGGCAAUCCCUUAAUUUUGAGGAUGAGCACGGCAUUCCCGAGAUUGGACAGCGGGUCCCAAUGUACCCCGGCGCGGGUGACGUGCAGGCACCGUCUCCCGCGCCAGGGUCGGCUGGGCACCGUUCAGGCCGCCAUCACCAGCGCACUCGCAGCGGUCGUGAAGUCCUCCUUCCACCAGGCAGCUAUGGUCUCCACGGCCAUGGCGUUCCCGCGACGGAUAAGUUUGAGAAGGCCUGGUAUGACAAGCAUCCCGAUGAGCUCGCGCGGGAAGAGGGCCAGUAUGGGCCAGGAAUCGCCCCGCGUCCCGACUGGGCCUUGAGCAGUGAAGAUCUCAAUCGCAUCGUCCGAAAUUCGGCCACCAAGGGCAGUGGUCUUGGUACUUCUCCUGCCGUGACUGGCACACCCGAAGAGGAAGUCGGCUACAUUGCUUCGGAAGAAUACACUUCCCGUUUGGCCUCUCCCCCUCCAAAUGCUGGUUUGCGACAGGACUCGCAGCCAGCCGUGGAGUCUCCUCUGCGCAAGGCAAGCUUCCCAGCCGCAGAACUGGAGCGGACCCGCAGUGCACAAUCAGUAGCGAGCAGUGAUGCUGGGAGUCAUGUGAUCCACGUGGAUGAUCCCUAUCAUCACUCGCAUCGUCCGGAUGGGUUCGCUCAAACCCCGGACCACGCCUCUCAGGGCCCGGCAGAAGGUGACGCGGAGCACGACGAUGAACCCAUUCUGGCUGCGGAUGAAGUCCGUCCCGAGUCAGCCUUCCUCCACCCUGCCAUCUCGCCGACUUUUGAGCACCACGACCUGGAGAGAACCCGAAGCCGGACCCCGAGCGCAGCGGGCAGUCGUCCCGCAAGUCGACCAAGCAGCCUCCACGGCGCUCCCGCUGGUCUGGCGCGGUGGAACUCGCGUGGUGAGGAAUAUGAGGAGACCCAUACCCCUCUCGAGGAUGUGGAAGAAUACGAGCCUUUGUUCCCUGAGGAUGAGAAAUCUGAGAAGCCAGUGUCUACCGCGGAGCGCUUCAGAAACCGCGUCGAGCAACAUCGAUUCCCCAGUCAAGACAUUUGGGAAGACACUCCGGAUAGUCUGCAACUACACGCCAGUGUCUCCACACCGGAGCCGCCAAAAGAGGAGUCCAAGAGCACGUUUGAAACCCCGGAGGCCGAAGAGGCUCGAAGGAAGCAGACGGAACAGGUCGACUCGCACCAAGUUGCCUCUCACAUUCUCGAGUCCAACGGCGAGGCUCAUGAAGAACAACCAUCACAACCAGACACGGUCAAACAGCGUUUCCCCAGUCGAGAUAUUUGGGAGGAUGCCCCCGAAAGCCAGAAACUGGUCACGACGAUAGAACCGGCGGACACUGAGGUGAAGAGUCCACCCGAUGCGUCCACCAAGCCCACCAUACCUCCUCGACCUAGUGUUCCUAUCAGACCUCAGAGGCCCGCAAAGACGGAUGUUUCUUCGAAGAAUGCCUCCCCGGAGGAGAAGAGCAGUUCACCGACAGAGGUGCGGAAGGCACCUGCUAUUCCCGAUCGACCCAGGCCACAAGUGCCUGCUCGCCCUGCCAAGCCUGUCACUCGUGAGUCCACUGAGAAUACUACGGCGCCGCCGGCGACCAAGCCCAAGCCGACUAUCCCGGCUCGACCUUCGGGCGGGAUUGCGGGCGUGAAAGCCAACUUCCUGUCGGACUUGAACUCUCGUCUGCAACUCGGCCCACAGGGACCCAAACCGGCCGAGAAGAAGGAGGAACCCGAAGCACCGGCGGAGAAGGGACCUCUGAGCGAUGCCCGCAAGGGACGAGCUCGGGGACCGCCAAGGAGGAAGCCGGCUGCUGCGGCCCAGACGAAACUUCCGUCAAUACCGGAGAUCCGCAUCAUGGACGCGUGGAACGUGUGGCAGGUGGAUGCGGACGGGAAUUUGGUUGUUGGGCCAACCAGGACCGCGAAGGUGGAAGAAAAGGCUGUCGAGUCGGCAGAUACGUCAGAAACUGCAGUAUCUGAGGCGCCCAAGGCGCAGGAGUCGAUUAGCGCCGCAACCGGCGAGUCCACCCAAGCCGAUGAGACAACAUCAGCCAAGGUAGAAGAUGCGGUUCAAGCCGAGUCGGAGGCUGCUGUCGAACCUGAUGAGCCAGCUGCCAAGCCAGAAGACAAGGAUUCUGCGCCUUCUCACGAGACCGUCUCAGAGGACGUGGAACGCGAGGCUGCGUCGGCUAACGGCAAGGAGUCAGACGGGGACAAGCACGCAGAGAUAUGA